GUCUUGGAUCGCCAACGACCAUCAGCAGCGCCCCAAGUGCUUUCUGAAGGACCAGUGCAAACGCCGCUGGGAGAUCCUGGAACUCCCCAAGUGGAACCGCAUCACCCGGCGUAUGCCAGCUGAGCAACCAACUGAGCCUGCGCCGCCUGGCGAGCCGAAGGACCUGGGGCCAGCCUUGGCAGACGUAAGCGACACAUCGGAGAUUGAAUCGAUUAUCACGGCAGCCUUGCCGGCCGCAAUCCGUGAGGAAGUCAGUGCCUCAAGGAUUUCGGGGCUCCUCGCCCUGUUGUGCAAGCUGUUUAUCGUCUACGGUCCCGGGAGCCUAACGGAGCGAGAACUCGGCCUGAAACACAUCGCCGAGCCUCCGGUUGGUGUUGGCGUUCACGACACUAUAGAAGGCUUGAGAGAGUGGAAGCGAUGGUGCAGCAGAAUGUUGGAGCUCGGAGGUCUGUUGCCUGACAGUGCAAUUCAAGUGAGGGCACUCAAAAGGAUGACGAGCGCCGUGAUGCUCCAGCACCCCGAGGCAAGCUUCCGCAUAAGCUUGGCUCGUGCCGAGUUGCAGAUCGACUUGGUCCCAGAUGAUGCAAAGGUGCAAAAGCUUCACGCAGCCGUGUUGAGUGAGCUGGAGUCUAUGGCCAUAGAGGCAGGCACCAAGCCAGAGGACAAGGGCAAGGGAAGAACCCCUCGCCCUCCGCCACCGCCGAAGGGCACGUCUGAGGCCGCCGGCCAAGCAACCACCCCUGCCGCAGGGCCAGACACGAGCAAUCAGCAGAUCAAGGCUAUGCUCGCUGAGGCCGCUGGUUCCGUCCCAAGCCAAUGGGGCGACCGCUCACCGCCUCCACCAAACCCCAAGGCUGCUCCGCAGACCCCGGUCCAGGGAACGCCGGUGACCAUGGCGUCAUUGAGUGCGCAGCUUGAUAGUCUUAGGGCUAUGGUUGGAAAUCCCGAGGUUAGGGCCCUACGAGUUGAGCCGAACCUUAAGCCUGAUGUUCUGCCGGAUGAGUUUAAGAGGCAGAAGGAUCUGCGCGCACUGGUGGAAAGGUGUGAAGCUAAGGUAUGCAAAGGACUUCCGACACCUCCAGCUGUGCCUAAUGCAUUGCUUGAUAGUGGGGCAACCCACGCAGUCAUUCCGUAUGCCCCAAAGUUGAGUAACCUGGAGCGAGUACCGGUUACAUUGGCGGGGGAUGCAAAGGAAGAGUGGCGGAGAACGGAGGGAGGGACCCUUGUCGUGCCGCCCGAUCCCAGCUCUCCUGCUGAUUGUCCUAAGGGACAGACCAUCCUCCCGCUCGGAGCGCUUGUGGAACACCUUGGCUGUCAGGUAGCAUGGAGUAAGCGCCAAGGCUUGAAGGUCACCCAUCCUACGGUGGGGGUCUUACGUACAGGUGUGUCAGAUAAUACCUGCCCGUACCUUCAGGAAACCCAAGCCCUCCGACUGAUUGCCGAGCUGGAGGCCAAUAGGCUUGAGUGCCUCAAGGCUGAGGUAGAGAACUUGCAGUGCCGUCUGGAGGAGACCACACAUGCCCAGGAUCCAACUAGGGCUUUGUGCAAGUAUGCUGAGACCGGGGAUAGGAGGGACGCGCUUGCAGCUCUGAUUGCCCAGCCGUACUUUAAGGGGCUUAGCGAAGAGCUUGUAGCCAGUCUCGCUGAGCCGAUCCCUGGCCCUGAUCCGGACGAAAACAAGGUUUUGCUAAAGGGAUUGGUUGAAGCGUCGAACGACCCGAUUGCAGCAUGGUGUCAUGAAAGGGGAAUGGUAUUCCUCCCGGUUGAUAUCCUGGAGCGAGGGGGCCGCGGAUGGGACCUGUCAAGGCCGAAUGCAGUUUGGAGAACUCUUCUCUGGGCAGCAGCGGCCGGAAGGAUAGCUGCAAUCUUCUCCUCGCCUCCUAAGGAUUGUGGACGCCGGAAAAGACUGUUGAUCCAGGAUAAGUUUCCGUGGUCACUGGCCUCAGCUGUGUGCAACACUGGCAUCCCGUACCUUGCAGAUGUUGAUGGCAGCCCGCCUGAGGUUGAGACUAGUUUUCAGUGCUGGUCAGGAACCAGGCCAAUAAGGAUAAGUCAAGGGGCACUGGGAGCCUAUCAUGAACGGCCCACUCUUGUCACCACCAACCUUGACCUUGGUUUCCUAGGCACUCUCCCUAAGCGAGGUGAUCCGACUACUCCGCCCGGAGGUAAGGAGUGGACACAGGAGCUCCGUAGGGAGAUAGUGCUCGCUCUUAGCGGACGGCCAACCACACAGUCUGUGGAUGAUUUGGAUAAGAUGAUCUCAUCAAGAAGGGCUUCGACUAAUCCCUUGGAAUCUAAACUGCCAGCAACCACUGAGCUGGAACCCUGCAGUGCCGAGCUCCAGCCUCACCAGCAGGAAGAGGAGCGUGCAGACCGUGAGGAUGAGGCUGCAGUUCAGGCUGUGCACCGACCCUCCAAUAUGACUCCGGAGGCUCUUGAAGGCUGGAAGCAGCAUAUCUGGAAUGGCCAUUUGCCUUACAGAAGAGAUUGUAAACAAUGCAUCGAAGGAGCCGCGAUCUGCUACAAGCGCCGAAGGGUGCAACAUCCUCAGUCCUUUGCCCUGUCAGUUGAUUUGUUCGGGCCUGUUCCGCCUUCUGAGCAUGGGCGGGACGGAACAUGUGUUAGUGGGAGAUAUACGGUUAAGUUCGGCUUAGUGGGUGCAUUCCGCGUGCCUCUAUCUCUCCUGAAGUCAGCCCCUAAGGAAGAUGGAGUGACAGAUCUUUUCCAACGUGCUCAGGAGGAGGAUGACUUGGCUGAAUACGAGCCCUCGUUGCCUGAUGAGACACCUGAUGCAUCAGCCAAGCCUCAUCCCGCCGGUGCCCUAACACAAGAUGACGUUGACUUUGACGAACUGUUUCGCGACCCUGUGGAUGAAGAUUGUCCUCGUGCUCCACCGCCUUUCGUGUUAGCCCUCCAACAGGGAACUGGAAGCGGGAUAAAGGAACUUGGAUCCCAACCAUCUUCAGUACUCCAUGAAGAGCAACUUCCGAAGGAUCCCGAGGCUUUAAAUGCGCUGAUAGAAGAACUCCGAGCCCCGGACCCUCAGGUAGUCUUGCGUUACUUCAUGCCUAUAAAGGGGAGAACAGGAGCUGAAGUGACUUUGGCAUUGCAGCAGAUGAUACUUCAGAUUAUGAAGUCAUUCCCGGUGUAUACAUUGCACUCUGAUAUGGGAACGGAGUUCACCUCAAAAUCCUUAGAGACUUGGUUGGCAGCUCAGGGUGUGCGACAUCAGACCAGCCUGCCCACAGACAAGAAGGCAAACGGCCUUGCCGAAAGAACGGUAGGCUGGGUCAAGUCGCACAUUCGCACGCUCCUUCGCUCUGCGACCCUUCCAACUCACUGGUGGCCGCUUGCAGGACGUUGGGCAGUUGAAGCUCACAACCGACGGAUCAUGGGAUUGCCCAAUCUCCCCAGCUUUGGUCAAGCAGUACUUCACCGUGUUAAGCAGCCAGCUGAUGGGACCAAGUACCUAAUGCACCGAUGGAUCGAAGCACGUUACGCAGCCCCGCAUUCUACUGUCCCAGAUGGACAU